AUGCGCGUAACAUCGCUAUUGCGGCCAACAACCCGCUUUCUGGCGCGGUCAACACCACAGGCCGUCGUCCAGCGACAGCCGUUAACGCGAUUUCUUGCCACUGGAGCACCCAUCGCCGAAGAGAGCAUUGACACGCCCAUCGACCAGAUUCCCUCUGCAGAAGCUCGCGAAAGAGUGUCAACUACUAGAAAGGCCCUCCCCAAUCCCCAACAAGGGAAGUCACCGACAUUGCGAUUCCCACGAAGUGUUCAGGCUCUCUAUCUUCAGCCCUUGAGAUGCGAAGCUGAAUACGGCAUUCCCUCAUGCGACCUGCAGCUACGUUCUUUCAGUAUAAGAAACCUCGAAUUCUUCGUCGAUUUCGCCCUUCGCGCAGCAUACUAUCUCAAGCUUCCAGCUUUUGGUCCAGUACCGCUACCUCGUAUUACCGAACGUUGGACAGUCCCUCGCAGUAGUUUCAUUUUCAAGAAGUCUCAAGAAAACUUCGAACGCAUCACCCUACGUCGCCUCAUCCAGAUUCGCGAUGGCAACCCGGAGACGGUGCAGUUAUGGCUGGCUUUUCUCCAAAAACACGCAUACUAUGGCAUUGGUAUGAAGGCCAACAUCUGGGACUUUGGCAAGCUAGGUGAAGGAAAGUCGAUGGAUGCCAUCUCCGAACACGCACUUGGGGCUAUCGAACCGAAGUGGGAACAUCUGAGCCAGCUCAGAAGUCUGGACACGGUCGAGAAAGUUGAGGAGUUCCUGGCCACCUCGCGGUUUAAUACCGACAGUGGUAAGCGGGCGGAAGGACAGCGCCGCUUCGUAAAGGAACAGUUUAAAAGAGAAAAGAUGAUGAAGAGAAAAGAGGCUGAGUGA